GCGCGCGCACCCUGGCUGUUCCGCUUCCCCUCCCACCGGGGCCGCUGAGGCCAUCGACGCAGAGGCCGCUUCUUUCUAUGGCGGGCCCCGAGGUGUGAGUGGGAGCCUGGGGAGGAGGAGGAGGCAGAGAAGGCAUGGCUGGGCGGAGGGGCGCGGGCGGGGCUCCGGGGGCCCCCCUGGGGGAGGCGCUGCGCCCCUCCUCGGCCUCAUGCUUCGGCGGCGUCUCUUCUUCCUCCUCCUUCUCGGAGCCUGCCCGCGAGCUCUUCGAGGCCUGCCGCAACGGCGACGUGGAGCGCGUGAAGCGGCUCGUGAGGCCUGAGAACGUCAACGGCAGAGACACGGCUGGCAGGAAGUCCAGCCCCCUCCAUUUCGCCGCAGGUUUUGGUCGAAGGGAUGUUGUGGAAUAUUUGCUUCAGAGUGGUGCUAAUGUUCAUGCGCGAGAUGACGGAGGACUCAUUCCACUCCAUAAUGCCUGCUCGUUUGGUCAUGCGGAAGUUGUUAAUCUUCUCUUGCGCCAUGGUGCAGAUCCUAAUUCCCGGGACAAUUGGAACUAUACUCCUCUUCAUGAAUCUGCCAUUAAGGGAAAAAUUGACGUCUGCAUAGUGCUGCUGCAACAUGGUGCUGAUCCAGCCAUUCGUAAUACAGAUGGGAGAACAGCACUAGACCUUGCAGACCCAUCAGCAAAAGCAGUACUUACAGGUGAAUACAAGAAAGAUGAACUCUUAGAAAGCGCCAGGAGUGGAAAUGAAGAAAAAUUAAUGGCUUUGCUCACACCGCUAAAUGUUAAUUGUCAUGCAAGUGACGGCAGAAAGUCAACUCCACUACACUUAGCGGCAGGUUAUAAUCGUGUUAAGAUUGUUCAGCUUCUGUUGCAGCAUGGAGCAGAUGUACAUGCAAAGGAUAAAGGUGAUCUGGUACCUCUUCACAAUGCUUGCUCCUAUGGUCAUUAUGAAGUAACUGAACUUUUAGUAAAGCAUGGAGCCUGUGUAAAUGCAAUGGAUCUGUGGCAAUUCACUCCUCUGCAUGAAGCAGCUUCUAAGAAUAGAGUGGAAGUAUGUUCUCUCUUGCUGAGCUAUGGUGCUGAUCCCACAUUAUUGAACUGCCAUAACAAAAGUACAAUUGAUUUGGCCCCAACACCUCAAUUAAAAGAACGGCUGGCGUAUGAAUUCAAGGGACAUUCAUUGUUACAAGCUGCAAGAGAAUCGGAUGUAGCGCGAGUAAAAAAACAUCUUUCUCUUGAGAUUGUGAAUUUCAAACAUCCUCAGACUCAUGAAACUGCCUUGCACUGUGCUGCUGCCUCACCAUAUCAAAAAAGAAAACAAGUCUGUGAGCUACUUCUACGAAAAGGAGCCAAUAUCAAUGAGAAGACAAAAGACUUCCUGACACCUCUCCAUGUUGCCUCAGAAAAAGGUCAUAAUGAUGUUAUAGAAGUAGUUGUGAAACAUGAAGCAAAGGUCAACGCUUUGGAUAAUCUUGGCCAGACAUCUCUCCAUAGAGCAGCACACUGUGGCCAUCUACAGACAUGCCGGCUGUUGUUGAGCUCUGGCUGUGAUCCAUCAAUUGUGUCACUGCAAGGUUUCACAGCCUCACAGAUGGGAAAUGAAAGCAUCCAGCAGCUAUUACAAGAAGGUGUUCCUUUAGGCAAUUCGGAAGCAGACCGACAGUUGUUGGAAGCUGCCAAAGCAGGAGAUAUGGACACAGUAAAAAAGUUAUGCACAGUACAGAGUGUGAAUUGCCGAGAUAUAGAAGGGCGUCAAUCCACACCACUUCACUUUGCAGCUGGAUACAAUAGAGUAUCUGUAGUUGAGUAUCUUCUGCAGCAUGGAGCUGAUGUUCACGCAAAAGACAAGGGAGGCCUUGUUCCUUUGCACAAUGCAUGUUCUUAUGGACAUUAUGAAGUGGCUGAAUUACUUGUUAAACAUGGUGCAGUUGUCAAUGUAGCUGAUUUAUGGAAGUUCACCCCUUUACAUGAAGCUGCUGCAAAGGGAAAAUAUGAGAUUUGUAAACUCCUCCUACAACAUGGGGCUGACCCCACAAAGAAAAACAGAGAUGGGAACACCCCACUAGACCUUGUUAAAGAUGGUGAUACAGAUAUUCAGGAUCUCCUUAGAGGAGAUGCAGCUUUGCUAGAUGCAUCAAAGAAGGGCUGCUUGGCUCGGGUGAAGAAACUCUGUUCUCCUGAUAAUGUAAAUUGCCGUGAUACACAAGGUCGGCACUCCACACCAUUACAUUUAGCAGCUGGAUACAAUAAUUUAGAGGUUGCUGAAUACCUGUUACAGCAUGGAGCUGAUGUAAACGCACAGGACAAAGGGGGUCUUAUUCCUCUGCACAAUGCAGCAUCCUAUGGACAUGUAGAUGUAGCAGCUUUGCUUAUAAAGUAUCAUGCGUGUGUGAAUGCUACAGACAAAUGGGCUUUCACACCUUUGCAUGAAGCAGCCCAGAAAGGAAGGACACAGCUUUGUGCCUUAGUAUUAGCACAUGGAGCUGAUCCUACUCUGAAAAACCAGGAAGGACAAACGCCAUUAGACCUAGUCACCGCAGAUGAUGUUAGUGCAUUAUUGACAGCUGCCAUGCCACUUUCUGCCUUGCCAUCUUGUUACAAGCCUCAGGUUAUCAAUGUGUCUCAAAAUACAGGGUCUUCAGCUGAUUCACUUUCAUCCAUUCCAUCCAGCCCUUCUAAUUUGUCAGCUGCCAGUAGCCUUGAUAAUUUAUCUGGUAGCUUUUCUGAACUCUCAGUUGUUAGUGCAAAUGGUGCUGAAGGGGCUGCUGGUUUGGAGAAAAAAGAAGUUCCAGGUGUAGAUUUUAGCAUAAAUCAGUUUGUGAGAAAUCUUGGACUUGAACAUCUGAUUGAUAUCUUUGAGAGAGAGCAGAUAACAUUAGACAUACUCAUUGAGAUGGGACACAAAGAAUUAAAGGAAAUUGGAAUUAAUGCUUAUGGCCAUAGACACAAAAUAAUUAAAGGGAUUGAGAGAUUAAUUUCAGGACAGCAAGGUCUUAACACCUACUUAACUUUGAAUACAUCAGGUAGUGGAACAAUCCUUAUAGAUCUCUCUCUGGAUGAUAAAGAGUUUCAAUCUGUAGAAGAAGAGAUGCAGAGCACUGUUCGAGAACACAGAGAUGGCGGACAUGCUGGUGGCGUUUUCAACAGAUACAAUAUCUUAAAGAUUCAAAAAGUGUGUAAUAAAAAACUCUGGGAAAGAUACACUCAUAGGAGGAAAGAAGUAUCUGAAGAGAAUCAUAACCAUGCGAAUGAAAGGAUGUUGUUCCAUGGUUCCCCUUUUGUGAAUGCAAUUAUUCAUAAAGGUUUUGAUGAAAGACAUGCUUACAUAGGUGGGAUGUUUGGAGCUGGUAUUUAUUUUGCUGAAAAUUCUUCCAAAAGCAACCAAUAUGUGUAUGGCAUUGGAGGGGGCACUGGUUGCCCAAUUCACAAAGACAGGUCUUGUUAUGUCUGCCAUAGGCAUUUGCUAUUUUGCCGUGUGACGUUGGGCAAGUCUUUUCUGCAGUUCAGUGCAAUGAAAAUGGCUCAUUCCCCUCCAGGACACCAUUCGGUUACUGGACGGCCGAGCGUGAAUGGGUUGGCUUUAGCAGAAUAUGUCAUCUACAGAGGAGAGCAGGCCUAUCCGGAAUAUUUGAUCACCUACCAGAUUGUAAAGCCUGAACCUGCCACAGAAGCGUGAACCAAGGUGUUCUGCAGAGAUCAACAUGAAGAAUACUCAAAUUGCUGAAAAAUUGUAUCUUGUCCCCCCCACAGGCAUUUGUGGUAGAAAAAAUGUGAAUAAAAUCUAACAUUUUAACUUGAUAAAGCUUUAAUAAAUGUAUAGUAAGUUUUCUAAAGAGAAAAAAAAUCUGAAACUUCUUUUUUUCAGCACUUUAACAGAUCUCAUUCCAGGUGACACUGGGUUUGUCUGUACUAAAUUAUAAAACCCAUAAUAACUUGAACUAUGUUUUCUAUACGUUAUACCAGUGAGAUUUAACAACUGUUGCUACAAGGAACUCAUUUUACUAAUACUGUGUUCUUUAAAACACUGCAUUUUCACAGAGUACAGUUGCAUUUGUAAAACUGUAAAUAAGAGCUUUUCUACUAGUCUGGUAUUUAUUUACAUUGUUUUUGUAAUAUAAAUGUUUCAGAACUGCGAUUUACAUGAAUCUUGGUUUUAGACAUUGUAUUUACCCACCUGCAUUUCACCGCAUGCAGUAAUUUGGAGGACCCCCCCCUCCCCCGCCCAAUAUGAUUUUUAUUCAUUAUGAAGACUUAUAAAAUCCAGGUAAUCUGCUUCAUUCAUCUGGAUUAUAUGGCAGUAUAGAAGGGGCCUAAGCAAACACUUAAAUAUCUAAUUGGAGUUUAGUAGAGGAUAAAUAUGUUCUAGUUGAUUGUCCAGGCAUCAUACACAUUCCUGAGAAACCAGGCCCAACAUUCCAAUUUCUCAACAAAACUAGCACAUCUUUAAAAUAUUUACUGGAAACAGGGUUACAUAAGCUGGUAGUAUGUAUACAUGCAGCUAAACUGUGGAGGACACAUUUCAUAUGAAGGUGUGUGUGUGUGUGUGUGUGUGUGUGUCUUUGUGCAUACACACACACAUAUAUUUUUAUCUUUUUCUGUUUAGCAGUACAAAGCUGAGCAUAGAGAUGACAUGAGGUUGGGUUUGAACAUGCUUUUGCAUGCUGGGCUUUGUGAGUGAAGUCUGUUAGGAUUGCACUUUUCUACAUUUUUGUUGAUUACACUUCUAGUUUUCUAGCUUUCUAUGAGACCUUUUCCCCACCAAAGUCCCUCAAGACAAAGGGCAGUAAAUGAAGUUUCUUCGAGGCACUGACAACUUCUUCAGACACCUUCCUAAUAAUCCACUCUCUUUAUUCAGUUCCUUCCAGGAUUAUUUAACUAUUUGAGAGACUGUAAAUAGAAAUCAAAUGUAACUUUAUUAGUCCAGUUUUCAGUUACACAUUUUGACUGGGGUCCUUCGGUAUAUAGGGAAAUUUUAAUUGUUAUCUAAAUCACACUAGUUUUACAAAGUUUGCUAAGACUGGUUGGACUCUCUGGUCUGUGUGGUGAUUUUAGAUUUGAAUCUUAAAUCAUGGGGCUGCCCAUUAUGUCGGUGCAUGGAUGGUUAUAAAAAUCAUGUCCAAAAUGUGUUAAAUAUCACUUCAUGCGAUCACUGCUAUGAGCAAUACAAAAAAUACUGUUGAUUACAAGGGGUUUUAAUUUGUAUUGUACUCUUUCACUGCAUGUUUUCCACUCAUUAGCUUAGCCAAAUGCUGGAAUGGAGUGUCCAUACAAAAUCUGCUAAGUAUGAUUUAAGCAUUGAGGGCUUUGUUUUAUUGCGGAAAAUGUUUCAUUUGUUAUGAAUGAUUAUUUAAUGUGAUGUAAAUUAUUGUGGCAUUGGUAGCAUUUAAAAUGGUACCAUGAGGUUGGUUAGAAUGUUUUUAAUUUUGCAUGACAUAUCGUUUUCUGAAGUCAGAAUAACAUAAUGGUUUUGAUUGUGUUGACUUGAGGUGAAUUCUAGCCUCCUGUGCAAUUAGUGCUUAAUCAUCUUGAACGUGUCUUGUAUUGUGUUACAUUCCAUACCAUUCAACCCUAAAUAAACUUCAUUCACAAGUC